UUGUUAUUUUUUUUUUAAAACCAAACAGGCCAAAAAGUUCUCAAAGUUUGCUGCGUGGAAAAAUAAGUAUGUCCUGGAGUUUUGAUAAUUAGUUUUAGUACCAGGACGAGCCAGUGACAUGUAAAACAAUUCAUAAUUCCAUUGGAUAUCAAAAACUUUCAGAAGGACAUUUGAAUAUGGAUUCGAAAGAAGAACACGUUCAAAUUGGAAACGACCAAAUUGUUGCAAGAUGUUCAAAUUUCUCUAUUGACGAAAUUUUAAAGCCUACAUUUGGACCACCAAAACGACAUUGGUUGUCCGCAUUUUCUCCUGUGAGAAAUGGCUCAAGAACAAUUUCAACAUCCGGCCUCAGUUUAGAUCUUCAGAGAAACAGGCAUGAGUCGGCAUUUGUUAGACUUUCACCUUCGGACUCCCAAACUUCAGUAUGUUCCAGCCCUGAUUCAAUCCCAGCUGCCAGCAGUCCCGUGGCAACAUCCCCGGGGUCAGACGGAAACGAAAAGCCCCUUUGGCCAGCGUGGGUGUUUUGCACAAGAUAUUCCGACAGACCCUCAUCAGGUCCACGUUCCAGAAAAAUAAAGAAAAAGAAAGCACCCGAUGAAAAACGUCCGAGAACGGCGUUCACAACGGAGCAACUACAGAGACUAAAAGCCGAGUUUGACGGAAGUCGUUAUCUUACAGAAAAGAGAAGACUGGAACUCUCAGACGAACUCAAACUCUCUGAAUCUCAAAUAAAAAUAUGGUUCCAAAACAAACGUGCAAAAAUUAAGAAAUGUACAGGAGCUAAAAAUACACUGGCAUUGAAACUGAUGUCACAAGGACUCUAUAAUCAUUCUACGAUAACUGUUUCGGAUGAGGGCGAAUCCUAGUGCUCGAUUUUACAUGUAAAUGUUUUAGUGCAUUUGAUUCAUAUUGCUAUUUAUAAAGCGGUUUUAAUUUUUUCCAUUACACUACAAUUCUUUAUCCGUUAUCGUAAUAAAAUUUUGUUUAUUUUUAA